AUGGCCAGCAGCACCUACGAGCAGCUGUGGCGGGAGUCGCGGGGGGCGCUGGCGGAGCUGCUGGCGCAGGAGCUGCCGGCCGAGCCGCGCAAGGCGGAGCGCAACGCGGCGCUCUUCUGGCACACGCUGGCCACCCUCUUCGUGCGCUACCUGCAGACGGCGCGCCGCCUCGAGGCCUGCUACGACCAGGGCGUCCAGCCCCAGAAGCGCCCCGUGCUGCGCCGCCUGCUCGACGGCGUGCUGGGCCGCCUGCUGGAGCUCAAGCACGAGCUGGUGGCGCUCCAGCUCUCCGAGUACCACUACAUGGACCACGUCCUGCACGAGCUGCGCCUCGGCCCGGCCGACUUGGAGGUGCCCAUCCCCCGCUACUUCCUGCACGAGCGGGCCAAAGCGCUGCAGGAGCGCCGGGAGGUGCUGGCCGAGAUCCUGGCGCGGGUGGCGCCCAGCAAGACGGCCGCGGCGCUGCGGCCGUCGAUGCCGCGCGAGGAGGCGGUGCGCCUGAUCCAGAUGGCCGAGCGGAUGCGGCAGGGGCGCCUGCGGGCUCGCUUCAUGCGCGAGAUCCGGCGGGACGAGGAGCGCGAGCGGAAGGCGCGCGAGGGCGGCUCGCGGGAGCCCAACCGGGCCCAGGCCGCCGUCUGCAUCCAGAAGGUGUGGAAAGGCUGCCUGCAGCGGCGGCUCACCCAGCAAGAUCGGCUGCAGGAGAUGGCCUUCAUCGGCAUGGCCCUGGAGCCACAGCUGGCGGGCGCCUCCCCGGCCAUCAUUCGGGCGCAGCUGGGAGAAGAGUUCCGGCGGAUGCGCCAGGCGGACUACGAGGCCGAGUACCAGGAGGCUGUGGACAGUAUCCAUGACACCGUCUACGAGGUGGAGGGACCGAGCAUGCGCGAGGAGAUGAAAGCCCAGCUUCGCCAGUGGUUCAUCGAGUGCCGGGACCUGACCGGACGCUUCCCUGACUUCCCGGAGGAGGCGAUUGGGGGCUCCAGCAUCCUCUUCGCCCAAAAGACCCCCGAGGAGGUGAAGGCUGAGCUGGACCUGGCGGAGACCCAGGUGGAAAAGAAGAAGGGGAAGGAGAAACCCAAGGAGAAGGAGAAAGGAAAGGAGGAGGAGAAGAAGAAAGAGAAGGAGAAGAAAUCGGAGGAAGAUGAAGGACUGAAGCUCUCCCCCUCCAAGUUUUUGGCAGCCAUCGACCAAGGCUUCAAGGAGUACACAGCUUUGUGGAGCAACCAAGACGAGGUGAUCAACUUUGAACAGCGCUACGAAGCAGAGCUCAUCAAGGCCGAGAAGCAGAAAGAAGUGGCGGCAGAGAUACGGCUGCAGGUGGAUGAGUUGAUGCGCCAGGAACUGCGGCAUCUGAGAUUGGCUGUGGACCAGGAAGACAGCAAAGCCGGGAAGCCCCCCAAGGCCAAAACGAGUGCCAAGAAAAAAGGGAAGAAAGGCAGCAAGGAGAAAGAUCUGACACCUGACAGGACCAUCGACUCUCUCUACGAAGAGCUGGUGCUGCAGGGCAUCAUUAUCAAGCCCCCCAAAGUGCAGUUGUCUGACUACUCCGGAGACUUCUGCUACUUGGGCACCACCUUACGCCAAGCAGAAAUUGAACCAACCCCUUCUACGCUAGACGUGCGUCAGAACAUCGCUUUGUAUGCCAUCUUGCCUCUUGGCUCUCCAACUGUGCAUGAGUUGGCACCCCUGGUGAGGUCCAUCCUUCUGGUGGGCCCAGCGGGCACGGGGAAAAAGAUGUUGGUCCACGCCGUGUGCACGGAGACGGGUGCCAAUCUCUUUGACCUCUCUCCAGACAACCUGGCAGGGAAAUAUCCAGGCAAGAGUGGCCUCCAGAUGUUGAUCCACCUGGUCUUCAAGGUAGCCCACGCCUUUCAGCCUUCUGUCCUCUGGGUAGGGAAUGCUGAGAAGACUUUUUACAAGAAAGUUCCUAAAGAGGAGAAGGAGCUGGACCCCAAGCGUCUGAAGAAGGACCUGCUGAAGGCCCUGAGUCUGCUGACGGCCGCAGACCGAGUGCUGCUGAUGGGCGCCUCCAGCAGGCCCUACUUGGCGGACAUCAAGGCUCUCUGCAAGGCCUACGAGCGGAUCCUGCUCGUCCCCCGGCCGGACUACGCCUCCCGCUACGUGGCCUGGCAGCGGCUCAUCCAGAAACAGGGUGGCGUGCUGACAGACUCCCUGGACCUCAGUGCUCUGGCCAAGGUGUCGGAUGGCUACAGCCAGGGUCGGCUGGCGCGGGCGGUGCAGGCGGUGCUCAGUGAGAGGCGGCUCCUGCAGCUGCCCAAGAGGCCACUGGUUGCCAGCGAGUUCCUGCAGAUGUUGGCCCGGGCGGAGCCCAUCUACCCAGAGGAGGAGGCAAUGCUCCAGGACUGGUACACCAAGACUCCCCUGGGCAAGAAGAAGCUGCUGGUCGAGGAGGAGAAACGGAAGGCCGCUGAGUCCAAAGGGAAAGACAAGAAGAAGAAGAAAUAG